AUGGCCUCUAGUAAUAUGAAGUGCUUCCAGCUCAACACUGGGGCGUUCAUGCCUGCAGUAGGCCUGGGGUGUUUCAUGGGUCCGACGCAGAUCGGCGAAAGCGAACACGUAACUGCCAUGGUCAAGUUGGCACUUGACCUGGGCUAUCGCCACUUCGAUACGGUGAACUCUACCUGUAACGAAUCAUCCGUCGGGGAUGCUCUGAGGGGAACCACCGUUCCGCGAAGCGAACUAUUUCUGACCACAAAACUCGACCAGAAGGACCACGGUCGUGUCAGAGAAGCGCUGCAUGCCAGCCUCACGAAACUCGGUGUGGACUAUGUGGAUUUGUACCUGAUGCACUGGCCUAUGGCAUAUGACGAAUCAGGUACGUCUAGUCACUCAGGCAAAACGCUCCAGCCUGACGAGAAGCCGACCUUCGUCGAGACGUGGAAGGAUCUGGAAGCGAGCUUGGCUGAAGGUACUGCCAAGGCAAUCGGGGUUUCCAACUUCAGUGUAAAGACCCUGACCGAGUUGCUGAACCAUACGGACAUAGUUCCCGCAGUGAAUCAGGUCGAGCUCCAUCCGUCGCUUCCUCAAAACGAACUACUCGCCUUCUGCCGUGAACGCGGGAUCCUCCUCACAGCCUACUCGCCUGUCGGGAAGUUCAAGUUCGCUGAUGAUCCUGAGAUCACAGCAAUCGCAGAUGCGCACCAUGCGAGCAGCGCACAAUUGCUCUUGAGUUGGGGCGUUCAACGGGGCACAGCGGUUAUUCCAAAGACUGUACAUGCUACACGAAUGCGGGAGAACCUGCAGCUCUUCAACCUCACUCAAGCGGAUAUGGAGGCGCUAGAUGCGUUUCAUAAGAAGCCUGGGAUGCACAGAAGCGUUUGCGGCUUCCACUCGGCCGAACUGGGAGGCUCGUGUUGGGGUUGGACGUACGAGCAGCUCGGCUGGCAGAUGACCGUAGGCGGCGUCCACCUGUAA